CGCGGAGCGGGCGGUGAGGCGGGAGCCGAGCGGGAGUUACUGCGCGGGCGUGCGCCGGCGACAGCAGUGGCAAGGCUGUGGUGCUGUCACUUUUACUGCAUGGACUCUUGCUCAGUAGCAUGGGAGAAGAGGAAGGACUGCAUCAAACACAAUUCCUGGACACAAUGUUUGUGCGAGGAUUAAAGAGAAAAUGUUUUGAUGGUGAAGAAGAUAUUGAAGGCACUCUGGCUGGUAUUAAGGCUAUUCCUUCCUACAAUCUCCAGCGGCAGUCACUUCUAGACAUGUCCUUGGUUAAACUUCAGCUGUGUCACAUGCUGGUGGAACCCAACCUCUGUCGUUCGGUCCUCAUCGCCAACACGGUACGGCAGAUCCAAGAGGAGAUGACUCAAGAUGGGACCUGGCAGAUGAUAAAUACACAGAGCACAGGGCAGGCAUCCCUGGAUCGUCUCGUUUCAACAGAUAUCCUCUGUCGUUCAUCUAGGGAUCAAGCUGAGGGAAAGCAUGGUCCAGCCUAUGGUACCUUCAGUAAAGACUUUGAGAAUGACCAGGCACAAGAUAAUUCAGAAACUAUGUCAACAGCCUCUGCAGUGCAGACACCAAGAAACCUGCAGAGCAACGUGUGGGAAAUGGAGAGUCCACAAGAAAAUAAAGGAAACUUUCAAAAAUCUUUAGAUCAAAUAUUUGAGACACUGGAGAAUAAAAGUCCUAAUACUGUUGAAGAUCUGUUUUCAGAAGUUGACAAUUCUUAUUAUGAUCUUGAUACUAUGUUAACUGGCAUGAUGAGCAACACAAAAAUGGGACACUGUGAUAGUCUUGAAACAUUUUCUUCUCCAACAAAUACACCUUCUAAUUCUAAUUGUAAAUCUGAUCUUAAUGACCUUGAUCAUAUUGUGGAAAUCCUUGUUGAAUCCUGAACCUCCUUGUGUGGAGGUAAAGAUCUGUUAAUGGGAAGAAAAGACUGGAGAAAGCAAUUUCCACAGUUUGUUCUAUCCAAUCUGCACGAGUAUUUUACAAAUAUCUAUAUAUUAUAUAGAUAUAUAUAUAUUAAGAAGCACUUCAUAUUGCAAAAUAGUGUUAACUCUUAAAGUUAACCUGCAACUUGUAGUGUAAUAAUCUGAUUUAUUGUCCACUGAACUGUAAGUACAUAUGGUAAAUGUUUCUGUGUUGGGGGUCCAAGGCUAUUGAAAUUGGGUUCCUUUUACCAAUUUGUUUUAGCCUUUGAUGGAGGAUAUCCUCAGGGAGAGGGAUUCUCUUAUCUUCUUACACUUCUCCCAUAAAAAUGGUAAUAAACAGAGAGAGAAGCUGGAUAACUGGUUUGCUGUUACCCUCCAGUUUCCACUUUGUUACACCACAAAACUCCUACCAUACCUGCUGCUUCUAAGUCCCUACAUGGCUCUUAAAGAGCAGUAUGCAAUAGUUCUUGUUAUCCUUGCUAGCUUCUUCUGGGUUUUGCUACAAUUUUUACUUCAAAAAUAGUUUUAAAGUGUUUAUCGGUGUUUAGAUUUUUCCAGGUAUUUUCCUAAAAUAUAUUUUUUACUACAGAUGUUAUGUCAGCUGCUAACUUAGUAACUUUUGAUCAUAUCUGCAGUUGAUGUAUUUUUUGCAAGAUUUUCAAAAAGGGAUGUUUUUUUACCAUGAGCUACCCGAUGUAGUUCAGUAAAGUGUAUGUAAAUGUAAAUAUGCAAUUUUAUACUUUGCAUUAAAAUGUCAGAGCUGUUUUCAUGA